AUGACGGUAUCCUACUCGGGUAACUUCGUUCGCCUUCUAUUCCGAUGGAAAGGCUCUAUUUGGAGAUCAGUGUGGGUCGAACUGUUGGUCUUCCUGGCACUAUUCUACGCGGUACGACUCUUCCACAAUUAUGCUAUCCCAAUUAUCGAUCCUGGCGAGGAAACGGAUUUUAAAAAUAAGUUCAAUUUGCUUUGUAAAGAAUUCAACGAAUACACUCAUCUCAUUCCGCUCACAUUUCUUCUCGGCUUUUAUGUUACAAGCAUUGUUUCCAGAUGGUGGAGUCAAUUCGAAUGUCUUAAUUGGCCAGAGGACCUUCUCUCAAUUAUUUGUUUGAUUAUUCAUGACAACACAGAAGAGUCACGAAAGCGGCGACAUCAGAUUGCUCGUUAUGUUAACCUGGCUGCCGCUAUUGCAUGGCGGGAUGUUUCCGAUAAAAUUCGUUUACGUUUCCCAACUAUUCGCCAUCUGGUCGACGCUGGCCUCUUGACUGAGUGUGAGUUUUUACGGCUGGAGGAAAUGGAGUCUUCAUCGCCAGGCGUACGAUGGAUUGCUCCGCUUCUUUGGGUACAGCAGUUGAUCACAGCUGAGGUAGAAUCCGGACGAGCUUCUCCUAAUUAUGUGACUGUGUUCGCCAACGAAUUAAAGCAGUACCGCACAUCGUUUCGCAAACUUUUCUGCCAUGAUUGGGUGUGUGUGCCCCUCGUCUACACACAGGUCGCCUCGCUAGCUACCUACUCAUUUUUCGUGUUCUGCCUUUUUGGACGACAACAUCUCGAUUCUGAAAAUGGUUUCGAUACUGUGUUCCCACUAUUCACAGUCGUUCAAUUCCUCUUUUAUGUUGGAUGGUAUAAGGUCGGCCAAGAUUUAAUGAGACCAUUUGGCCUGGAUGAUGAUGACAUUGAACUGAGUUACAUUUUAGAUCGUAACCUAGUUAUUUCGUUCGCUAUUGUAGACCUAAUCCAGACAGAUUCCGCUCCAGCAUUCGAAGAGGACGUUUACUGGUGUCACUCACAAAACGUCGGCAACUUUUCCAAAGAGGUUUCCUCGUUAAAAUUUGGUCGAAUUGACCUUUCACGAGCGGCUCACAAACAUCCACCUAAGCUACAUACUUGCGUACAAAUGCAUCGAGAAGAAAAGAAACUAUUGGCUGACCACCUUUCCAGAGGUGAAUCGCAGAGGUUGGUGUUUUGUUUGCGCAGUUCAUCGUUUUAA